UUAUACGACACGAACAGGCGUUCGGGUCGAUAUCCCAUAUCAAUGGAGGGAACUAAAUGCUGUUUACUGAACAAGGACCAAUCACCUAAGACAUCAUCUUUCAAAGAAGUAGAAAUAGCCACGCAAAAGAUGUCGCACUUCUUAAGCAUGCUUGUGAUUUUUCUCAUAUUGAUACAGCACGCACAUGGGCAGUUCAAAAACCUAUCACGCAGGAGACAAAUAUGCCGACUGCCCCAGGAUCCCGGGUCGUGCAGGAAGUCUAUCCCGAGGUACUUCUACAACUCUUUCACCAAAUCUUGCGACAUCUUCAUCUACAGUGGCUGCAGGGGCAACUACAAUAAUUUUGAUAACUACGGAAAGUGUUUGGCGAUGUGUGAGGGCGUGUAACAUAUCGUGAGGCGUUUACAAGUUCCCCGGCCGUUAUGUCGACAUCAGCAUGUUACGGAUUACAUGGGACUCAUAUAAAGACUGGGAUGGUGUGUACGUGUACUCCGGCGGCGAAAAUUGUUUUGUAGACUGGAGUAUAGUUUGUCUGUGUUUUACCAGGGACCUACAAUUAGAUUUCAUGAGGCUGACAAGUCUUUACCUCUUAUAUCUUUCGGGCGCGAUGACUAGGACAGUCUCCGUGUCAUUGGUAAAUUCCAGUAGCUGCGGAAUGUAGACACAUGGCGGCAUUCGUACCUCCAUCAAGUCUGUAUAAAGUCCAUCUUCGGGCAGUUAAUGGCAGACCUCGCUCUUCUGUACAUGAUGCACAGAAAAACAACGUCAUCCUUAUACCAUACGCAACUGAGCUCAAUUUGAAGGACAUAGCAUUGGCAUUCUCUCGGCUUAUUCCGUUACGCACAUAAUAACUGGGACAGCAGUGAAUAGUGAUAUUGCAUGAUUCCUCCGCAUUCAGUUCGUAGAGAACAUCUAUAUGUCCAAUUUUCAAAAUAUUCUUUUCUUUUAUUAUAUAUCGAGCAUCAUUUAUAUAAGGGUAAUGAUAGCCGCCAUAUUGGGUGUUGUACAAUCUCAUUAAAAUCAGAUCUUAGUUCUCGCUACCGCUAAACAAAGAUCUGAAGACAUCCCAUUAUGGGUCACGUCAGACCGACCUUCCGCGAACUUUGACCGACCAAUGGAAUGACCAAUCAGAAGGGAGCUUUCUCGUACUUUGCGGCACUUAUUUCAAAUGGCGACUACACUUCGAAACAUAUUUUGACAAAUUCUCGAUUACAAAUUUGAAACCUGAACAAAAAAAAACAUUCUAGAAUGGCUAAUAGAUGGUCUAGAUUGUAAGGAUUCAGUCGUUA